GAAUUAAGAAACUAUUUGUUUUUAUCUGAGAGAAAGAACUCUUUCGAGGGAGAGAGAGGACGAGAGAGAGUCCUUCGAUAAAGGACUGUUCUGGUCGAGCUAAUCGAUCUAGAGAGAGAAAGUUUAGAAAGAUUAGAGGAGGAGGCCUAAUUAGAUAUAGAGAUUGCGUUGUUAGGCUCCUUGUCGGAAUUUUACGUGAAAUCGCUGGAAUUGGGUGCGAUCUAGCCGGAAUAAUUGCCUAGGGUCACCGGGAAAGGAUUGAUCUUUUUGAGUUUUGAUAUAAGCAGAUAAAAGGCAGAGAUGGUGAAUUCUAUGGUUGAACGGGCCACGAGCGACAUGUUGAUCGGGCCUGAUUGGGCCAGGAACAUUGAGAUCUGUGACGUGUGCAAUCACGACCCUGCACAAGCGAAGGAUGUUGUUAAAGGUGUAAAGAAGCGCAUUGGAAGUAAGAAUUCAAAAGUUCAACUUCUUGCGCUAACACUAUUGGAAACCAUGAUAAAGAAUUGUGGGGACAUCGUACACAUGCACGUUGCGGAGAGAGAUAUUUUGCAUGAAAUGGUGAAGAUAGCGAAGAAAAAGCCUGACUUUCAUGUCAAAGAGAAGAUACUGAUUCUAAUAGAUACCUGGCAAGAAGCUUUUGGUGGACCGAGGGCAAGAUAUCCACAAUUUUAUUCUGCAUAUCAAGAGUUGUUGCGAGCUGGGGCAGUGUUCCCUCAGAGAUCUGAGAGGUCUGCACCUGUAUUUACACCUCCACAAACACAACCUUUGACAUCUUAUCCUCAAAAUCUGCGCAAUCGGCAAGAGGCAGCAGAGUCUUCUGCAGAGCCUGAGUUCCCCACAUUGAGCUUGACAGAAAUUCAGAAUGCACGGGGUAUCAUGGAUGUCCUUUCAGAGAUGUUAAAUGCAUUAGAUCCAGGAAACAAAGAGGGACUUAGGCAGGAGGUUAUUGUUGACCUGGUGGGACAAUGUCGUACAUACAAGCAAAGAGUUGUGCAUCUUGUUAAUUCAACUGCGGAUGAAUCAUUACUCUGCCAAGGGCUUGCACUAAAUGAUGAUUUGCAGCGUCUACUUGCCAAGCAUGAGGCCAUUGCUUCAGGAACUUCUGCUACUGCUGCAGCUGAGAAACAGAAGCCUGAAUCAGGUCGAGCACUUGUUGAUGUUGGUGGUCCUCUUGUUGAUACAGGAGGCAACAAAAAUCAACCAGUUGAGGGAUCUGCUUCAACACCUGGUGUAAUGAAUCAAUUGUUACUCCCCGCACCUCCCACAACUAAUGGUCCAACUCCUCCAGCAGCUGCCAAUCCUAAAUUGGACUUGUUAAGCGGGGAUGACUUUGGCUCACCAAAGGCUGAUAAUUCACUAGCUCUUGUUCCUGUGGGAGAGUCCCAGUCGGCUACUACAUCUCAGCAGAAUGCACUUGCUCUUUUUGACAUGUUUUCUGAUGGUAACGGCCCCACUAGUGCUGUCAAUGUGCAGCCUGCCCAUUUAGCUGGAUUAACGAAUUCUUCGAAUCCACAAAUCCAACAGCAACAUAAUUUUCAUCCCCCAGAAGCUGGAGUUUACCCAAAUGGAAGUUCCGCAAAUAUGGGAUCACCACGAUACGAACAUUCACCAUACAUGCAAGCCACUGGUCCAGCCUGGAAUGGACAGGUCCCUCAGCAGCCAUCCUCACCAGUUUUUGGUGCUCAAGGCAGUGGGUCACUGCCUCCGCCUCCAUGGGAAGCUCAAUCGGGAGAUGGAAGCCCUGGGUCAGGGGCUCAAUACUCUCAACCAAUGCAAGUUACUCAGGUGGUUGUGACACAUGCAACACCAAUGCAGAGUGGAAUGCAUCCUCAGGGAGUGCAGCCUUCAGGGAAUGACCAUCUAGUGGGUAUGUACAUUCAGCCAAUCACAACUGGCCAAUUGCCUGCAUAUAACAAUCCAGCUAUACAGAGUAAUCAGUUAGGUUUGCAUCCUCAAGCAGUCCAGGGAGGGCAAUAUAUGAAUAUGCUCCCACAGCCGAUGCAACCUGGGCAAAUGGCUUCUAUGUAUCCUCAACAUAUGUAUGGCAACCAAAUGCCAGGAUAUGGGUAUGCUCCGCAACAAGGCACGCAGUAUCUUGAGCAGCAAAUGUAUGGCCUGGGUGUUAGAGAUGAUAGCACUGUGAGAAACUCGUCUUACCAGGUUUCUUCUUCGUCUUACAUGCCAGCACUUAAGAAGCCUUCCAAGCCAGAAGACAAGCUGUUUGGAGACUUGGUUGACAUUGCAAAAUCCAAGCCAACGAAACCUACUCGUGAAAGAGCUGGUAGCAUGUGAUAUCAUAAUUGAUUACUCUAUUUUUCUUUUUCUCUUUAUGUUUCCUAGCCCUCCCUGAUUCUGUUUUUUUUUUUUUCAAAUUUAAUAUAUAUUAUAUAUGCAUAUUUUUUUUCUCCUUUUGGUCUCAUUUGCUCUCAUAUUUGUGGUUUCUGUUUGGCAACCAUGUAAAUUCCUUGUAGAGAAAAAAAUGCUGACAACCCAAAUUUGGUUGAUUUUGAUCUUUGGUUCAUACAAUCAGAAAGACAUCAUCUUUGUUGAAUUUCUGUUAAUUUUGGUCUCUAUGUAAUGUAAUCUGAAUAUAUAUUUUAUUGAAUUCUAGAGCUUUGUCAUGUGCA